UAUGUUAGUAUGCAUUAUCCAAAUAAACAAGUCAUACAGUAAAAUAUUGGAUUUAUUAAUUUAUUCUGUAGUUAUACAUUUUAAUUCAAGAAUUUAUAAAUUAACAAAGUGGAUUUAAGUGUAUAAAAUGGCCCAUGAUCGGGAGAUUCUAAGAAUGAUUUGGGAGGGUCAAAUCGCUAUUUGCUUUCAAGCCGAUCCCGAAGAAAUUGUUGGUUUACAACAGCCAGAAAACUUUUACUUAAUGGUCUCUCGUUUAAGUUAUUUGCCAUUAGUUACAGAUAAGGUAAAAAAAUAUUUUAGUCGGUAUAUAUCACAUGAACAACAAGAUGGAAAUGUGUGGUUUGAUUACAAUGGAAUACCUUUAAAAUUACACUAUCCCAUAGGUGUUCUAUAUGAUCAAUUGUAUCCCGAAGAAGACAGUGUGCCAUGGUAUCUUACAAUACAUUUUUCUAAAUUCCCAGAAGACGUCUUGGUAAAGCUCUCAACGAGAGAUCUCUUGGAAUCACACUUUAUGUCAUGUUUAAAGGAAGCUGAUGUUCUUAAGCAUCGAGGGCAAAUAAUAUCUUCUAUGCAAAAGAAGGAUCACAACCAACUCUGGCAAGGAUUAAGCAAUGAUAAGUUUGACCAGUUUUGGGCAAUUAAUCGUCGUUUGAUGGAGCCAAAUGGCGACCAAGAAACUUUCAAAUACAUUCCAGUUCGAUUUUAUACUGAUGAUGAUGUCUACGUUCAAAAAUUGAUAACACCACUUAAUAAAAACGGGCAAAAGAAAACUGUUGGUGAAAUGAUGGAUGAGCUGUCGACUCCACAUAGAAAAGUUGUUGAAAUACGUACCCAAGGCAUCAGCAUUCACGGAGGAGCAAAUUUACAAUGGUUAUCUGAACAUUUAAGUUAUCCGGAUAAUUUUCUUCACUUGUUUUUAGUUUAUGAUUCUAAUAUUUAAUUGUUUAAUAGAUAUUAAGAAAUAUAUUAACAGUUAUUACAUUUAAAAUACAUAAAAAUCAGACGUUUUCGCUCUUGUCGUAAAAAAAUUAUCUCAUCAUUAUUUUGUACCCCACAACUUUAUAACAUGUGGUUCGAAACUCACUAGAAAAAACCAUGAUUUUCAGACCAAAACGUACGAACAUAUAUACAUAAUUGUUUCUGAUUUUUGUCUGUGAAUAGGUUUCUCUAAUGCGCUGGAUCCAUUUUUUUACAAAAGUUUUUUGGAAGGAAGAGUAAAACAAAUAACAAGUCUAUUUAAGUCUUUGUACUUUUAUUAUACUUAUUUGAUUGCAGCUCAUUUUAUUUUAUAAAUCUAGCUAUACAAGUUUAGAAAUAACGUUUCAAAAAAUUACAAAUCCUAUAUGAAUACAUGACAUCUACAAAUUUACUUAUUAAAUUUCCAUUUUAUUUAAAGCUUUAAUUUUUAAGCCACUUUUUAAUUGACAUUUUCAAAUCAUUCUUACAUACACUAUGUGUGUAUGUCAAUAUAAAUGUAUAUGUACUUAUAUUAUAAAAAAAUUAAUCAAUUCAUUAUUGAUAUGUUGAAUUAUUAACUCUCAAAGUUAUUGCAUUUUAAAUGUCAUCUUGCUUAUUACUUAUAUCACCCAUGUGGGUGGUUAUUUACAUCCGUAGAUACUAAUAAAUUUUAUCCAUAUUUAAUGGAUUAUAAGAGUAAAUAUAUAUGAUGCUUCAUAUAUAUAAUUAUUGCCAUAAUUUUUAAAUACAAUAUACAGCCUUCUAUAAAUCUCUAUAAAGAUUUUUUGAUAUUU